UCAAAGAGAUCGGGAUCAGCUUUGAGGUCUGAAUACACCGGAAUAUUUGAUCGAUGAAGGGGACAGCGCAAGCUUACGGGGAAUCAUGGUACUGGGACAAACGAUAUACUGAUGGAGCUGCAGGUCCCUUUGAAUGCUACCAGAAGUAUCCGGGGGCGGAUGCACAGCCAACCGCUGAAGUAUCCAUCACUCAAACCACUCCUCAACCUCUACGUCCCUCACAACCAUCGUGUCCUCAUUGUCGGUUGCGGCAAUUCUGCUUUUAGCGAAGGCAUGGUUGAUGAUGGUUAUGAGGAUGUGGUCAAUGUUGAUAUAUCUUCCGUGGUAAUCGAAGCAAUGCAAAAGAAGUAUUCUGAUCGACCACAAUUGAAAUAUAUGAAGAUGGAUACACGAGACAUGAGUUGUUUUGAAGGUGGUUCAUUCGAUGGUGUUGUUGAUAAAGGAACUUUGGACUCUAUCUUGUGUGGACAAAGCUCGCAGCAAAAUGCUGCUAAGAUGUUGUCCGAGGUUGGCAGAUUACAUAUGGAAUGCCAGUUUUCCGACUCCCAUUGUUGAGAAACUCGUGCUUGUGGAGUAUUAAACUACAUGUGAUAGGUCUCUUGAACCUUCCUACUGGUCUUUUGUGUUGGUGCUGAUGUCAUGUUUAUUUGAAUCAGCUUUUUCCCGCAAAAAGUGAAGAACAUCUUUAUUGAUAACUCCGAUAUCCAUGUUUAUAUCAAAUAUACUAUGAAGAAUAUAUUUCUAAGUUUGAGAGUGAUUAGUUUGUAGUAGAGACACUUCUGAUGGAAUAAUUGUCAUCAUAUU